AUGCACCAUCCCAAAGAAACGCUUCUUAUCGAUUCAUCUAAUCCUUCUUACUCCCACCUCACCGAGUACCGUUUUGAUAACCUGAAACGUGAAGAGUCUCGAUCGACCUCACUUUUUGGCGACAGGAGAAGAGUGAUGAAAAUCCUGAGUGGAUUUUCCCUCAUUAUUAUUGUCGUUUUCAUAUUUGCUACAAGUCAUGAACAGGCGCUCUCUACCACUGGAGACCUCACUUCGAGUACUCAGAGUACUACACAUGGAGGUGUUGUCUUUACAUAUCCAACUACAAGAAAAUCUCCCGGUAAAGGAUGUGUCCUGAAUUCGCAGAGAUCAACGCCUAAAAACUUGAAACAGUACACUGGAAACAUUUCAGACGCUUGUUUAGCCGGAAUAAAAUCAAGUAACUGUAAGACAUGGCUAAUGACAAAUGCGGUGAUUUUGAAAUACUCAGACGAUGUUGUCAGCAAUUGCCCUUCGAUUUUGGAAUUUGUGAAUAAAACAUCGUUAUCAUGUUCGGGUAAAAGUCAGAUUCAAUAUAUGUAUCCUCAGAGUGAUUCUGCGUCAAGUGAUUGCAAUCACUCUUAUGACUUCAACUCAAAUGCUCUGAACAGAGCAAUAUAUAACUUCAACUACAGCAAGACCUUAAUCUCCACGUCAUAUGCCAAUACUCCUGGAUUCGCUAUGUAUACAUUUUUGCUGAAGAUUAUGAACUGUGUCAACAAAAACGGAAUAAAACUUGACGCCGGAAUUCUCAACAUUUUUACGGACAUGACCUAUAUUGAUUUAUGUGAAAGUGAUGUUUUCAUGAGCUCGUUUCCAGAUACUCUGAACAAGCUUAUUGAGGCGGGGUAUAUUGUCAAAUUUUAUUUCCUGAAUCAAAAUUUGCAAGAUACUCAAAAAAACGUUGAAAACGUACUAGCUGGAUGUAAAUACAUGAAUUCAAGAUCGUACUGCGAAAUUGUAGACUGGAGCUAUCAUUCGGAAAAUCCUAAUGAGUUUGAAAUUUGCAUCCCAGAUUCACAGCCCAGUGGGAAGAAAGAAGACUUUAAUUGGCAACUUCUUCUAAUUAUUGGUAUACCUUGUAUAAGUUUGACAAUUUGCUGCAUUGCAUUUUUCGUUUGUUGCUUGAAAUGUGCUAAACUGAAAAUGGCAAUGAUGAGAAUGAAUGUAUUCUCAAAUGAUACUCACCAAAAUCCUGAUGAAAUGGAGCUGAAAAAGAGAUGGAUCGGGAUGAGAAAGAAAUUCAAUAAAGAUGUUGAGAAUGGAAGUUGUAAAGAGUUAAACACCCAAAAAUGGUCUCACUUCGCAUCGGCGAACAAUUACAUGGACAUACAAGCAUUGGCAAAUGCUAAUAAAAAAGAUAUAUGGGAAAUUGACACAAAAAAUCUGCUCGUCCAGGAAGACCAUCUCCUUGGAAACGGUGCAUUUGCAAACGUCUAUAAGGGAAUCGUAAAAGGAAAAAUACCACUACUAGUUGUAAAUAAUAGUCUCAACAUGACCGUAGAAUCAGAAAACAAUGGUCACUAUGAAGCUGCCAUCAAGAAGUUACCAGCCCAUGCUGACGAGCAGAACCAUUUGGAUUUUUUCCAUGAAAUUGAUUUUAUGAAGCGUUUGGGCCAUCAUCCACAUGUCAUCAGCAUGUUGGGAUGUGUGUCAAAUCCAUAUGAGCCAUUGAUCGUGGUGGAGUAUUGCGCACGUGGUGACCUGUUGAAGUUUUUGAGAAGACAUAAAGAUUAUGUGCUGAUGAACAAAACAGACGAUUGUCCAAUUGAAGCAGACAUGUGUCUCAGAAUCAAAGAUUUGGUUUCUAUUGCUUGGCAAGUUGCCGAUGGAAUGUCAUACCUGGCAUCAAAAAACUUUAUUCACCGUGAUUUAGCUGCCCGUAACAUUCUGCUCACAAAAAGUUUAACUGCAAAGGUUAGUGACUUCGGUCUAUGUCGGUAUAUGGAUUCAGCACUUUAUACCGCAAAGGGGGGCCGUCUCCCCAUCAAAUGGAUGUCUGUAGAAGCAUUGAAACUGUACGAAUUCUCCACAAAAACUGAUGUUUGGUCGUUUGGAGUGUUGUUGUUCGAGAUUUUCUCCAUGGGAGAUGUUCCGUAUCCAACAAUACAACAAGUAGAUAUGCUGGAACACCUUCUCGCUGGUGGCCGCUUGUCACAGCCAUUGAAAUGUCCGAAUGAGAUAUUUAAUAUCAUGCAGAAAUGUUGGGCCGAAAAGCCUGAAGACAGACCAGAGUUUAAUGAAAUGAGAGGAGAAAUCACAGUGAUGUUGAACUUGGACGAUGAAAGUUAUGGAUAUCUUAGCGUCGAGUCACAGGGUGGUCCAAAGUAUACACAAUUAACAAUGCAAGAUUCAAAGGAAACAGCUCCAUGCUCCACUCCUGGAGGAUCACAAGAUAUGGACGAAGACGGGGAUUAUGAUAGUGGCUCAGAAGGCCACUCGCAAGGAACUUGUGCUCAGCUCGACCAGGUUUUGACUGAGAGAUUUGGUGAAGAACAGAAGAAGGAAAUCAAGCAAAUCUUUUGUGAGAUCACUUCGAAAUCAAUGCGAGGCAAACGCCGUCAAUCGAAUUCUACAGUCAGCACGUAUCAAUCUUGAUUUUAAAAUUUUAAUAUUCUCACUAAAUCUACUAAACCUUGAUUAUUUUUCAAGCUACUUCUCAAAAAAAAUGUUGUCCUCAUCGAUCUCGUCCAUUUAGUUUACAAAAAAAACCAAUGUCAGACUGAUAUUUUUCACAUUUGCUCUAUUUGUGUUGUACACUAGCAUUCCUCACUGAUGCGUCAUUUUCCUACGUUUCCCUUUUAGCAUCAAGUAUUCCGCGUUUCCUUUUAUAAAAUAUUUUGGAUUAUGUUA